CAAAAGAAAUCAAAUAAACAAAAUUAGAAAGAAAGAAAUAGUUUAUUUUAUUUUUUAUUUAUCUCUCUAUUCUUUGAUUCCUUCCCCAAAUCCCUUUCCCACCAGGAAAAGUUAAUCCGCUAACUUGAAGAUUCGUUAGCAGAUACUAACUGAUAUUCAAAAUACAUGAACUAGUAUCCAAGUACUAAAGUAUCUAGAGAGCACAGACUAGUAUUCAAAGUUUGCUAACUGAUAUCCACCAUGAAUCAACUAUAAUCCCAAAUUCACAAACUAAUAUCUAGACAACACAAAAUAGUAUCGAUAUAGCACAUAAUUAGUAUCCAGAUAACACAUAAGAGUAUCCAGAUAACAUAUAAGAGUAUACAUAUUGAAUAUUAGUUGGUUGUUUGUGGAUAUUAGUUGGUAUCUGCUAUUUGGAUACUAGUUUGUGAUGUUUUGAAUACUAGUCUGUGCUAUCUAGAUACUCAGCAGACUUGGAUAUUAGUUCAUACAUUUUGGAUAUUAGUUAGUAUACUAACGAAUCUUCUAGUUAGCAGAAUAACUAGGCUGCUUCCCACAAGCGCUGCUUGUCUUCUGCCUUCAACCUUCUUCAGCAGAUCCAAAAUCAUAACUCCUCUCUUUCCCCAUCAAUUAAUCGAUUCCGCCAUGAUGGGGGCGAUGCAUCUCCACUGCAUCAUAAACCGAAUACAAAUGAGUGGGUGGCAGAGACAAAGCUGAAAGGCACCGACGAAUCGAUUUGGAGCUGCUGUGAGAGAGGUAAGGAAGAGAGAAUCAACAUAUCCAAAAUGAACGACAACAUCUCCAUUUUGGUGGAGAAAUCUGGCCAUCUGGAUACGGGUUAUGAUUAAUUAGACGAUCCAAGGAAAAUUUGGGUAAUGAUAGAUUCAAUGAUGGAUGAUGACGAUGAAUGGCGGGGAAUGCCGGAGGGGGAAAGGGAGGUUCUAGGCAUUGUCGAGCUCCAUCUACGCCAUCAACGGAGGUGGUUGUGAACCUCCUGAAGAUGGAGGUGAACUAGAGCCGCCGACCCCAGUGGCGACACCGAUAGCAAAGCAAGAGCCUGCGUUGACGAGUCUAUGGAGGGAGUUUGCCGCCAGAUCGGAUCUGGUGAAGGACACUGCAAGGAUUGUGGAGGAGAGGAAGUCGGAUAGUCAUGUGUGUGGGUUAGUCAUGCUUCUGGUAAGCAAGGGAGUGGGUGGGCACGGCGGGAGGAUUGGCGGCGGCGUUUUGUCACUGGGGAUGGUGGGUUGACAUGGUCAGUGACGGAGCUGGUGGGUACGGCAGGAGGAUUGGCGGAGGCCGUGGAAACUCGUCGUCGAUCUAGAGUGAAGGUGGAGGGGUUUCACCGAGAAGAAGGAGAGAAACGAAAGGGUAAAAGUCAAUCGAAAUGGUCGAUUAAUUGGUAAAGUUAUAUUUGACCAUUUUUUUAAUUAAUAAAUUAAAAAACAUAAUAAUCUCUUCUCUCUCUUCCCUCUCUCUCUUCUCUGAGCGCUCGCAAAUUCGGAUCAAUGGUCGUCGUCGCCGACAGAUCCUGGGCUUCUCUGUUUCACGUUGCUGAAGAGAAUCGAUUGGAGUAUUACGAGCUAGAAUUCGUCAAUGGAUCUCUACGAAUCCCUAAGUUGGUGAUUGAGGAAGGAGCAAAGCAUUGGGAUAACAGUUUGGUUGGGCAAUUCCUGGUUGAUCCUCCUUCAAUCUCGGCGCUCCGCUUCUGGGCUAACUGGAUUUGGGGUAAGGAAGGUGAAGUGAAGGUCUCUAUGCUGGAGGACAGGCUUGUGCUCUUUCAAUUUCCUUCGGAAUCGACCUGUCGAUGGGUAUUCGAAGGCGGCCCAUGGCACUAUAAGGAGAAGAUCAUCUGCUUAAGGCGUUGGGUUCCGGGAAUAAGAGCAUUGGAGAUUAAUAACUCGGCCAUACCAGUGUGGGUCAAUCUAACAGGUAUUCCUGCUGAGCUAGCUUUACGAGAGGGUCUAGGGAGAAUCGCGAGUUCUAUUGGUAAACCUAUGUGUAUGGAUCAUUCAAUAUCCCAUAGGAGGAAGAUAGGUGCAGUGAAGGUGUGUGUUGAGGUGAGUGCUAAGAAGCCUUUGGUGAACAGGAUUAGUAUUACCCCUGAUGAUAUGGAAGAGAUGUAUAUUGGGGUUGAGUAUUGUGGUUUGCCUCGUUGUUGCUCGGCCUGUGGUGUCUUUGGACAUGAUUGUUCGAUGCCUCCUCUGGGAGCCUCAACCAAGAGAGUUUCGAGACCGAAGAAGCUGCAGGUUACAUCAAUACAAGAGGGUAAUGAGGUUUCUAAUCAGGCAGUUGGGGAGAAGGAACCAGUGAAGGAAGGGAUGAUUAUUGAGAAUGCUGGGGAGGGAGUAUCCGAGAAGGGUAAGGAAGUAAUAGUUGAUUCCACUCCUCCAGUCACACCGAGUGCUCUUCCCUCACAGAAGGAGUUUAACAAAGUCAUAAAUGGAGCAAAAUCGAGGUCUAUUCCCAGGAAUUCUGCACCCGUCUUGCACUCUAAUGCAUUUGAACUGCUUUGUGGGAGAAACAUCAAAUUACAGGCUCCUCAGAAGAAACCAGGGGGGCGUGAGGGGCUUAGGAGUAAGGGAGCCACUAAGGUGGCUGCUACUCAUAGAUGACAACCCUCAUAUGGAAUACAAGGGGCUUUAACAG